GAGUCACUAACAAAGUUUCAAUUUUGCAGGUGGCCUUGGCCCAAAAUUAGAGCUAUCAAAUGAGCAAUUCAAAGUGUCUCGUACAGCCUAAAACAAAGGAAUUACAACUAAAAUGCGACUCCAUCUCCUUUCAGAUUCUAGCCAUUUCAAUUUUUAAAAAAUAUUUUCUAUUAUCAAAAUCUUUCAAAUUUCAACUUUCAAAAUUUAUCAUCAACCUCACUUUCUUUUUUUCCCCUACUGUACACCUGCAUUUUUAGGCAUUACAACAUAUAUUUUCAUUUUCCUGCAUUUGCAUGCAAGUCAAUAUGACCCAAGAAGAGGCUCAAACGAAACCAGCAUGGUGGGUUUCCAAUAUCAAAUCUUUCUUCCACUUACCCAACCCAAGAAUCCUAACCCUCUUCAUCAUUGGCAGCACUGCCACCACCUUAUUAGGCAUUGCCAUGAUAGUUGAAUGGGUUUUACAUGGCCAAUACCACCCAGGAUACUUCUGGAUUCUCUACUAUGCUCCAUCUUUGAUUGCACUCCCCGUCCUUGUAUGGAUUAUAUGCAUCAUCUUUGCCAUUUUCUACACCAAUGAUCAAAGUCUGCAUACAUUACAAAUAUCUGAUCUCUCAAAGAAGCAAUCACAGACUGAGGUCCUGGAGCAAGUCCAGGCAUUGCAAGAUCAGCAAGCUGUGGAGGAAAAUGGAAUUGAUGAUUAUGAUCAGAGUCAGACCUCAUGCUUGAUCAAAAAGCCUCCAAGUUUGGGAUCAACUUCUCGGGCAAGAAAUGAUAUAGAUCAUAAGUUGGCUUUGAAAAGGACAAAUUCUGUGCAAUUGUAUCACACUCACACUGAUUACAGAGACAUUAGGCGUACGUUUAGUUUUCAACAAUGACAAAAUUAUUUUAGUUGCUUGAUGAAGUUUAUGUAGUUCUCUCUUAUCUCUUGUGGUUUAAUGUUCUAGUUUGAUAUAGGAUGACUGAACUGGAGGAAAAAAGAGCCAUACACUUCAAUUCCUCCUAUUUUGUUUUUACUGCUCUUGAUUAUGUUUUAUGGAACACAAUGGGCAUGAAUGGUUUGGAUAA